UUAUGAUUCUACCAUGAAGCGGUCUAAACAGUUUGUAUCGUCGUGACGUAUGGAAGUUGAUUUUCUUGACAUUUUCGAAAGUUUGUCUGAAAUUUGAAAUAAUGGCAGCCCAGCGGGCGUUGCCGCAAAGCAAAGAGGCUUUAUUAAAAUCGUACACAACGAGAUUAAAAGAAGAUGUAAAAUCCAUGUUGGAAAAUUUCGAAGAGAUCAUAAAACUAGCGAAAGGAGAAAGCGAUUCCCAAUUAUCUCGGAUGACACAAUGCGAACAGGAUACAUACGAAAUGCAUGUCAGAGCCGCGAAUAUCGUUCGCGCGGGAGAAUCUCUGAUGAAGCUCGUUUCCGACAUAAAGCAAUAUCUCAUACUAAAUGACUUCCCGUCAGUAAACGAAGCCAUAGCACAGAAUAGCAAGUUGUUUAGAACGAAACAAGCCGAGUGCGAUCAAAAAUUAGCAUCCUUGCGAGACGACAUGGCUGCCGAUUUGUACGAUUUAGAAGAGGAAUAUUAUACAUCGAUAUACAAAUAACACGGACUUUAGACUUUUUUAUGAACGUGCAAUCGUGUGUUUGCCUGAAACGUGGAUUAACUGAAAUGUAAUUUAUUUGUUCAAUAAAUUGUAUAUAUAUUUAUUUAAAUAAAUAAGAAUAGUUUUGAUAGUACAUUCCUACUUCUUAAUUGGGGGCCUGCACGAGAGACACACGGAAAAAGAUAGGCUUGAUAAUAUGAUAAUAAUUCGGGCAUACUUGUUUCAUUUUAUUACUUGAAUACCUUAGUAACACACAGACGAUACAUCACACAAUACUUCUAACUGGUAAGUAUACUCAAUAAGGAAAUUGUGGAUUUAAGCUUCAGAUAAUAAUAACAAUAGUAAGAAUAAUAAGAAUAAUCAUAAGAAGAAUAAGAAUAAUAAGAAUAAUUUUAGGAUAAUACUAUUUCCUUUUUUAAUCCUUUACUUGAACGGCGGUGCCUUUCCAUACUGUACAGCGAUAAUUUACAGAAAUAAUACGGAGUUCCCUCGGCCGGAGUAGCGAGAUUACAUGGAUACACAAAUGAUCGUUAGAUACAAAAGUUUCGUUAAAAAUUCGUGACAAAAUUUGGAAUGUUUCAUUCAUUGUAAUCUCGUUUUCACUCCAGUUACGUAGUACUGUGAAAAUACAAACUGAGCGGUCGACACACGGUACUGGUUCCUUAUUAAUAUUCGGAAGCAAUAAUAUAUCAGGGAAAAAUAACAAAAAUAUCACAGUGUAAAAUGCAACGCUGUGACACAGACCCAUCAAGCAUAGAUCAAACGAUAACGUGAAAUCUGAUGAAAAGAAAAAAAGCGUUACGUUGCGAAGUACGCAAGAGCAAUUGAAAUAUUAGCAUUUACUACACAACUAAUACAACGACGGAAAUUGGUACACAAUUGUUACUUCAGCGUAUAAAUGCAUCAUUAUCGGCAAUUAUUAUCAUAUCGCACGUUUACCCUUGAAUCAAUCCGCGAUCACGCGAUUAAAUCUUAAUCGAAAGUUAAUCAUACUGCCGCAAUCACACUUCGAACAUUUACGCGAUCGAACAUAAAACAUUUUUAAUUUCUCGACGUUCGUGUUAUCACUUCAAACGUAAUACGGACAACAGAAAAGAAACAGAAAAAGUACACGAAAUAAAUCGAUCUCAAAGUAAUUUAAUUAAUUAUUGUUCCGUACGUAAACUUCACGAAACUUUGAGAUCGAUAAUAAUUUAAUAUGUACAAAAUUUGAUUCGCUUAAAAUUAAAAUUCAUAUUAUUAACAAAUC